UAACGGUCCUGAAAAUUCAAAAAGUCGUUUUCUCGGUCACACUUUUGAAAGAAACAUAGAGUAGUGUGUAAAGCAAGCAAGCAAGCAAGUUGUGUUUCACAUUAUAGAGGAGAGGAGAGAAAAGAAAGAAGAAAAAAGUUUAUUAAUUAAAUUUAUUGAUAAUUGUUGUAAGAGUAGGUGAAUAAUGGAAUUUAGUGAAUUUAUGAAGUCAUUUCCGAUCCGUACGGAUAUUUUUGAUGACAUAACUUACCUACAGAAGCAUUUAAGACUAAUCAUAAAAUUUCAUCAGAAAUUAUCCUCUAAACUGUAUUCAACGUCAUUAAAUCAAAAUAAUGAAUCAACAUAUCCUUCAAAAAAUUUUUCUGCAAUUCGUGAAUUUAUGGAUGAUUUGGAAAGCGAAAUGGAUGACAUUAGUCGAGAACAGAAAAUGCUCAUAGACAUUGUGAAAAAGUGUAUGAAUCAGUACAAUGAGACGCUAUCAAAAGAAUGUAAUGUUAAAAUGGAUAUGGAUGUAGCUGAAGGAUUUAUAACGAGAGCUCUGCAAUAUCACUAUCAAAAGAAUAAUUCCAUUAUAACGCCCAAUAAUGUCAAAGCACGAAUGUCGGAAGAUGAACUCAAACAAAAGUAUGAAGAGAUUCGAGUUAAGAAUGAAAGUGAACGAGCAUUGAAACAAUUGAUGGGACUGGAGAAGAAAAGUUUAAUUAAAACAUCACCAAGUGCUUCAUCUGUUGCAGCACAAGAACGAGAAUCAUUAAUCAAGCCAAAUUUUCGUAAGCCAUCAAGUACAUCGGGAAGAGUUGAGAAGAAAACAGUUAUAGCUGCAAAGAAUACAAUCGUUGAAACAAGACAUGCAAAAAUCAUUUCAAAGAAACAAAAUGCCGUCCAGCAAGGAAUAAAUGGAAGUCGAUUGAAUUUACUGCGUGCAUUGAAUAAUGUUAAAAUAGAACAAACUGAGCAGUAUUCAGACUUAGGUGAUGGUGUCAAGUAUAUUAGAAGUGACGAAGAUUGUUCAGAUCAAUCUUCAUCUGACGGUCCAAUAUUAGAUCCAGAAAUUGAUCCUUUAAAAAUAACAUCGACAACACGUGGAAAAAGACGUACUUCUCCAGCAUCAAAUGCUAGUUCCGAACGAGCUUUUCCACCACUGCCACAAGAACCUCCACCGAAAAUUGACUAUACAAAGGAGGAAUUUUUAUCUAUUUUCCAGUUAAUCGUACCACAAAUUGCUGAAGAAAUUAAAGUACAAAAAACAAAACGGAAACGCAGAAACUGCUUCAAAAACGAAAAAAAUGACUUCCAUUAUGGCAAUUUCGACCUGAAUGAAGCUGCUUAUCGUCUCCGACUCUGCAACAAUCGAAGAUCUAUUUUAUACUCUCCCAAUAAAAAGCGCAAGUGAAUAUGUUCAGUACUUUAUAAGUUUUAUUUUACGAUGUUAACAAUUCUUUUGCGUAUGUAUAUCCAAAAGUGUAAUUUUUACCAUUACUUAAUAAAAUCCUGGAAGUUCAUUUUUUUAUAAAAAAUCAUCUGCAUUUACGUUUUCAUAUCUACUUGUUCAUUCUAGGUUUAUUGACUUUGAGGAAAUGUUUAUGUCCGAUUUAAAGAGACUUUAAAUUAAUAUUGGCGGUAAUGCUGUGUUCUUUGAAACUCCGUUGGUCAAGAAAUUAACAUACAAAUUUGC